AUGUAUUCGCCUACAGCCUCGCAGGAGACCACAAGGUAAGCGACCGCCAGGUAAGCUUAAUGUUGCCUUGUUGUCUUUGUCCGCUCACCAUCUUCAUUUCAGCAAUGAGCUCGCUCAAUGGCUAGCCAACCUUCCAAUCGCUGCCGCCGACGACGCCGUCGCCGCUGCCGAGAACGCCUCCGUGGGGAACCGCUGGUGUCAACUGCGUGACACAGUCCAGUCGACGGCGCUCGCCGCCCUCGGUCGCGCUCCCCGCCAACACCAGGACUGGUUCGACGACAACGACGCUGCCAUCAGAAAUCUGCUUGCCGAGAAGAACCGCCUACACAAAGCCUACGUAGAUCACCCCACUGAGGACAACAAAGCUGCCUUCUACCGCAGUCGCCGCCAACUUCAGCAACGACUGCGCGAGAUGCAGGACGCCUGGACUGCUCGCAAAGCUGAGGAGAUCCAAGGCUACGCGGACCGCAACGAAUGGAAGAACUUCUUCUCCGCAAUCAAAGCUGUCUACGGUCCGCCGACGAAGGGCACUGCUCCUCUCCCCAGCGCCGACGGUGUUACUCUCCUGACUGAGAAGACACAAAUCCUGCAGCGAUGGGCCGAGUAUUUCCGAGGCGUCCUCAAUCGCCCCUCCGACAUCUCCGACGCCGCCAUCGAGCGUUUGCCGCAAGUGGAGACCAACGUGGACCUCGACCUCCCGCCAUCUCUCCAGGAAACCAUCAGGGCCGUGCAGCAGCUCUCCAGCGGAAAAGAACCCGGAUCGGACGCAAUCCCUGUUGAGGUCUACAAGCAUGGAGGUCACCAACUGAUGGAUCACCUGACUGCGCUCUUCCAGGAGAUGUGGCGUCAAGGCGAAGUCCCGCAAGAUUUCAAGGACGCAACCAUCGUGCAUCUCUACAAGCGCAAAGGGAAUCGCCAAGUCUGCGACAACCACCGCGGCAUCUCCUUGAUGAACAUCGCCGGAAAGAUCUUCGCACGAAUCCUCCUCAACCGUCUCAAUAACCAUCUGGAACAGGGCCUUCUGCCUGAAAGCCAAUGCGGCUUCCGUCGUCAUCGUGGGACCACGGAUAUGAUCUUCGCCGCCCGUCAACUUCAGGAGAAGUGUCAGGAGAUGCGGACCCACCUGUACUCUACCUUCGUGGACCUGACGAAAGCCUUCGACACGGUGAAUCGUGAAGGACUGUGGAAGAUCAUGCAGAAAUUCGGCUGUCCGGAGCGAUUCACUCAGAUGGUGCGUCAGCUGCACGACGGUAUGAUGGCGCGAGUCACGGACAACGGUGCUGUCUCAAAGGCAUUCGCAGUGAGCAACGGAGUGAAGCAGGGAUGCGUGCUGGCACCAACCCUCUUCAGUCUAAUGUUCUCUACCAUGCUGAUGGACGCCUACCGCGACGAACGCCCGGGGAUCCGCAUCGCCUACAGGACGGACGGUCACCUGAAUCAACGACGGAUGCACUUCCAAUCGCGCGUAUCCACAACCACCGUUCACGAACUUCUCUUCGCCGACGACUGCGCCUUGAACACCACCUCGGAAGAGGAGAAGCAACAGAGCAUGGACCUGUUCUUCACCGCUGGUCAUCAACACGCAGAAGACGGUGGUGAUGCGUCAACCACCACCCAAUUCAACCACAGCCCCCAACGCGCCGCCGCAAAUCAGCGUGAACGGAACCCAACUGCAGGUGGUGGAGAACUUCCCGUACCUGGGCAGUACUCUCUCCCGCAACACCCAGAUCGAUGACGAAGUCGCCAACAGGAUCUCGAAAGCCAGUCAAGCCUUCGGCCACCUCCAAAGCACAGUCUGGAAUCGUCACGGUCUUCAACAGAGCACGAAGCUGAAGAUGUACAAGGCCGUCAUCCUGCCGACGCUGCUAUACGGAGCGGAGACUUGGACGGUGUACACAAAGCAGGCACGCCGUCUGGACCUCUUCAACCCCAGUUGUCUUCGUCGCAUCCUGAGGCUGGACUGGCAGGAUCGAAUCCCCGACACUGAUGUGCUGGAACGGACGGGAAUCCUCAGCAUCUACACCAUACUGAGACAAAUGCAGCUGCGCCGGAGCGGCCACCUGGUGCGCAAGGACGACGAGCGACUACCAAACGACUCUUAUACGGAGACGUCGCGACGGAUGCUCAAGAUCAAGGAGGCCAAAUUCGCCGUUACAAGGAUACCCUGA